GAUAACAUUUGGGCGCCGCGCGAGUGUCCACCGAGCCGUCAUCAUGUGCGCCCGUCGCGGACGGAAGAGCUUCCUGAUUGAGGACCUGCUGAGGCCCGCCCCCCCUGCCCCUUCCGCGCCCCGCGAGCAGCCCCCGCAGGAACAGCGGCCGGCCUACCCGGUGGUGCCACGGGCGGUGAGGGCCGGGGACGCGGGGGUCGCGGGGGUCGCGGGGGGUGCGGCGUGGACCGACCCCCGGCUCUGCUGGCCGCCGAUGAUGUCCCCAUACGCGGCGGCCUACAGACAGGCGUAUAGCUUCGAGCCAGGUCUAUGGUGGCCCGGCCCCGACUCCCGCGCCUCACUGCCGCGUCGUGCGGGAGGGCAGGUGCGCUUCACGGCGGCGCAGGCGGCGGCGCUGGAGCGGCGCUUCCUGGCCACCAGGUACCUCAGCGCGGACCAGCGACGCCGGCUGGCUAGUGAGCUGAGGCUCACUGAUCGACAGGUAAAGACAUGGUUCCAGAACCGGCGCGCCAAGUGCCGCCGCGUGGCCCCCGCGCCCCCCGCACCCUCACCCCCGCCCCCGCAGCCCCCGCCGCCGCGCGGGGACGGUGGUGACCAGCAGACCUCACACAGUGGAACACCUGGCUAUGGACAUAGCUGAUGAAGGGUUGUUGUGUGAGGUGAUUGGUAGAUUCGUGCCUUUUGUACAUAGUGUGUACUAUGUCAAUAACUUCGGAUAAACCUGUGAAAUUUGAUAAACUGUAAGCUUUACAAGCGCUUUUACUGCCGUUAUUAGUGUAAAAAGCGUAAACGGCUCGAAUGAGCGAUGGACAUGAUAGCCUAAAGUGCUAGAUGUAGACAAGAGACACAGAGUGAUAGCUUAAGUGUUUGUUAGAUAUUUCAUUAAGUUCGAUGUAAUUAUUUAGAUUAUUUUAGAUCUAUUUGUAAGUUUGUAUAUAAAUAAACAGAUGAUUA